AUGAAUUAAUAAAUAGUCAUACCCAAAUCAAUUUAUUUUAAAGAGGGAUCAUUUUUUCUAAUUGUUAAUGCAAAACCAAAUUCUAAAGUGAGUUAAAUUACAGGUGUUUCUGAUGAAGCUGUUGAUAUUAAUAUUGCAGCACCACCUAAAGAUGGAGAAGCCAAUGCUGAAUUAUGCGAUUUCAUUGCUUAAACUUUAGGAGUUAAGAAAACUGCUAUUUAAGUCUAAAAAGGAGGUAAAGGAAGGAAUAAGCUAAUUAAAAUUGAUAGCAAAUUCAAAGAUAUCAACGAAUUUUAUGAGAAGUUGAAAUAAUGA